GGGAAAAUAGUAGGAGGAAAGGUGAUGAGAUUGAGAGUGCUGAUCAGGCAGACUUCAGAUUUCUCAAAUCAAAAGAUUAUCUACUGACACAAACAGACAUGAAAGGAAACCACCAGGUCAGAGGCAGCUCAUCAUAAUCCACAUGAAAUACCAGGAAAAGGUUUGACUAUUAAUUAGCACACCCGACAUACACACAGUAAAUACAACCGAAGCCUGGGGAGAAAACUAAAAUAUAUUUUAUCCUUUCAGAAUAUUACAGGAUACCAUAAAAAUAUUACAGAAAAUAGUUUAAAUUGGUACCAAGCUGUAAAUUGAUAGCAAGUGGGUGACACUGAUACAAUGACAUCUACUUAUGCGGCAUUGUAAUGAUAUAAAAGAGGAUAACAAUUGUAAACAACUGAGAUCCACAGACAAACGUUUCUUAUACAAAUAUGAUAUCUGACUUUCCAUCUUUCACAACUGCUGCUCAACCUCUGUCCAGGGAUAAAGUCCCAUUUCCACAUGACUUGAAUUAACAGAAUUUAAUUAUCUAGCCUAUGAACUGGCUAUAAAUAGCAACUUUGAGUAACAUGAGGAAAAUGCUUUUUAUAAAUAUGUUUCCGUUUCCUCUGUAAUAGCUCAUAGUAGUCACAAAUUUUUCACUGGUCUUACUGUGGCAUUACUUAUUGGUGAAUGUUCUAUCUUGUGCAUGAUAUUUAUUACUUUGUAUAGAUCCAUUUUCAUGUUGUUUAAUGAUAUUCUAAGGGUGCCUAACCCAUAGUUCUCUAGCAUUUUCUGUUGAUCAAUGAGUAUCCCUGACAAGUAAACUGUUAAUAAGUUAAUAAAACAGCUAAAAACGUUAAACGAGAAAUUAAGAACUGCAAUACCUGUAGAAAACAUAUAGGUUACCACAUUCUUAGUGUUAGUGUAAAACAAAAUCUUUAGGUAAUUAUGUACCAAGAAAAUAGUAUCUGAAAUUGGUAAAUUUGGAACCAGUGUCUUCACAAAAUCCUUAAUUUUUCAAAGAACAUGGCUGCGUUGCCAGCCAUUUCUUUAGACGGAGCCUAACAGAGAUCUCAUCUCGAUUUAGUUCUGCUCUGUGUUCAUUUAUUAGUGUGUCUACAUGUGUGUUUGUCCUCCUCAUUAUUGGGAGUGUGCCCCUGCACAGUCCUGAUGACUGGGAUGACUCUGGCAUUUAUAGACGAAUUCCUGCUUUCUCACACCUAUUGAAUGUCAAGUCUUUAUGGCCUCUUCGGAACUCAGUUUGUAAACACAAACAGUGCCGUACAAAAGGACGCGAGUGAGAAAAUGGUGCACUGGAGGGAAGGAGCCACAUACUUGAGGCAUCUGCCGCAUUUUCAUCUCUACAAACAUUGUCACACAUGCACCUUGAUGGGUAAAGGUACGAGGUGUACAAUGUCUGUCCAACAUGAGUGAUUGGUACAUGACAGGAAUACAGCAUUACUAUAAUAUUAAUAUAGAGGAUGUGAGACAGGUAUAUACACAGGCCAGGCAAAGAGCUUCACACCAGCAAAAAAGGUGCAUUCAUCUGUGAAAGGUGUCCAUAAGUUGUGUCUAAUGUUACACUGCACGUGUUCAAGACAUAGUGAGAUUUCUGUUCACGAUCUGGGUGCAUGUGUGUGUGUGUAAACAUGCAGCUCUGUGUGUGGCUGUGUGGGAGUCUAAGAGAGAGAGAGCGAGAGAAUGAGAUGAGUUAAGGAGAUGGACAGAUUGUGCGUGUGUGUACAUGUGUGUGUGUGUGUGUUUGUGCAUCAGGGGGUGGGUGCAGUAGUCCGUGUCAGACAGCAAAGAGUGCCGCAGUUAUCUAGGAAUCUGAGCCAAAGCAACCUCACUAACAGAGAGACAGAGCAGGAGACAGAAGAGGACGUGGAGUGAGGAAAAAAAGAAAAGAAGAAGAGGAUGAAAGAAGCACGGAGAAUAGAAAACAAGGACAACAAUAGGAAGAUCUAGACAAAAAAAAAGAAGAGGUCAGCAAAGACUUUUCGACUGAAGAGACAUUUGUUGAAAUUGAAGGAAAAGUGAGGUGAAGGUUUGCAGAGAAACAUCAACAACAAAAGGACAAACAACUUACAGCCUGGAGGAAGGAGGCCAGACCACUGCUCACGAGUUUAAAACAAACUUUAGGACAAGCCUGCAUUUACCCAUGAUUCCUUUUGGUUCUCUUGGUACGCUUCCUCUGCUGUCACUGUAUGUGGGAGCUCUGCUGUCCUUAGAUGCAUCCCCGACCUGCACACACCCUCCCUGCAGGGACAGUCUGGUGGCUGCACCCAUCCCGCCUGGGACGGGAGUAGGAGUGGGUACCAGGGCCUGUGAGGGUCAGACUGGGACAGCAGCCUGCAAGAUGGGGGUUUCACUUUCAGCCGUCUCAGACGUCUCUCGGAGGGUGGAGCACAGGCCUGAUUUCCCCCAGGCUCAGCCUAAGACUGGAGGUGUGAGAGAGCGACUAGUUCAACUGCAGCGCUGCAUGCACUCUAUCCAGGAAACGGGGGGGCCCUGGAGUCACGGGGGCCAUGAGAGCAACUCUCUAGGGGCCAUCCUGGCACUAAUGGCAGCUGUGCUGACAGAGUGUGACCUCCACUGUCACAGCCAGGCCCUUGGGGCAAUGGCCAAAAGACUGGAGAGUGCAGCUGUGGGAAGAGAGGGGGAGAAAGACCUGUUGCUUUUCCUGAAGAGUAUCACACAAUACCCACCCACAGUUGCCCCCUUGGAGAGGUUACAUCCUCAGGACUGUGCAGAGAUUUACAGGCUCGGCAUCAAAGAGAAUGGAAUCUACACCAUCCAGCCUGACCUGCACAGACCAGCACUGGAGGCUAAAUGUGACAUGGAGACGGCGGGCGGUGGGUGGACGGUGAUCCAGAAUCGACAGGACGGUUCGUUGGACUUCAACAGGACGUGGCAGGAAUACCGGGAGGGCUUUGGAAGUCCACAGGGAGAGCACUGGCUCGGGAACACGGCGCUGUACGCCCUCACCUCCUCUGGCCAACACCAACUCAGAAUUGAGCUGGAGGACUGGCACCAACAGAGACGCCAUGCUACCUACAACAAUUUCAAAGUAGCCUCAGAGGCACAGAGGUAUCGACUAACAGCACGGGAGUACUCCGGUGAUGCAGGAAAUGCCUUGAGCUACAGCAAACGUUACAACCACGACGGCAGAUCCUUCAGCACUGCCGACCGAGACCACGACCGCUACACAGCCGGAAACUGUGGUCAUUACUAUGGGGCAGGCUGGUGGUUUGAUGCCUGCCUGGCAGCUAACCUGAACGGACGGUACUACCGUGGGCGCUACAGUGGGGUGACCAACGGCAUCUACUGGGGGACAUGGUACAUCCUGACAGAUGGACGGACUGGAGAACGCUACUCCUUCAAGAGGGUGGAGAUGAAAACAAGACCCAGGAACUUUGUGGGGACAUCCUAAAGCCAAUGAUGACAACUAUCAAUGGAAAACUUGCUGCAUAGUAACCCACUGUAAUAAUCAUGCCAGUCACAGAUGAGAAACAGAUGUUAGAUGUAUAAGUUACUUUGUGGAUGUCACUUUGUGUAGAGCAGCUUUCAUGUCACUUAACAGUUACAUGCAGAUGGCAGCUAAUAGAUUUAAGAAAAAAAAAUGCAAAAACUAAUGUUUAAAUAUUCAACAGCAGACUGUUUGAGGUUUCACUCCAUAUUACAUUAUAUAUUUGUUCAGUAUGAGGCUAACUCAAUUACAAAGAAAGAGAUAUUAAAAAUACUGCUUGUAGUAGUUGUUAUACAUCUCCAGAAUCUUUACUGCACAUUAAAAAAAACCCUCUGUGGUAAAUGAAUGAAUCACUAGAAUGCCUGAUGAGGCAUUUAUCUACAUACAAACAGUGUUCACACAUAAACAUAACCUGAGCUGUCCAUGAAAGUGAUCCUGCAAGAAUGGAUUAACCCUGGGAGUUUGCAUGUGCCACUACCUGCCUGGUCAAACUAUCUGAAAUAGUGCUCACAAGUAUUUUAGAUCAGAUGAUGUCAUGUGAGAAAGUGUCUGACUUACUGAAGUCAAGAGGUCACCAUGUCCCUGCACAGGGAGGCUCUAACAGUGAGGUGAUAAACAGCUCCUCAAAUUUAAACUCCAUCACUGUGUCAUUCGUACGACAGAGACAGAGAGCGGGACGGAUAGGGAUUUAAAAACCCCAUUUCUGUCUACCCACAAGCCCCUGUCUUCUGCCUCCAGCUGUAUUAAUAUAGAACCAAACCCAAAGCUUACGGUUUGACAGUAAACAGAGAGAAGCCCAGUUUUGGUGAGGACAUUUUUCUCACCUCACCUUGCUCAUACUUUCCCAGGGAGCAGGCCUGACACACUGAUGCUGACUGUUGGGUUGGGUUUAUCCUGUCGUCAUACUCCAAAACCACCCUCCGCCCACUACUACUAUCAGGUCAAACACACACAGAAACACACACUCAGCUUCACUUGCUUUUUCAUGCUGGCGUCAGACGGGCGGCUCCUCUGGCUGUGCUUCACACAGGCUUUUCUGGGAGUUUAGAGUUGGUGUGUGAGUGCUGACUUUGGCCGUGCACAAGUGAUGUUUGUCUUUGUGUGUGCGGGGAUGGACAGUAAGAGAGAGUGUGUGUGCAUAAGUAAAUGGCUGCACCUAUUUUAGCAGUGUUCGUAAUGAGCUGUCAGUCUCUCCGACAAGCAGUGUGUCUAAUAUUAACCGGUGAGGGGGCUCAGCGGGCUCUGAUCUAAACACACAGACACACCGAGGGCAGACUCCAGACCAGCCAUGGAAUUUCACAUACACCACUUAUACUCACACUAAGACAUGCCUGUAUUCAUGCGCGUGCACACACAUACUCUCUCUCUCACACACACACACACACAGGAAACUCAAAUCGUUCUCUCAGCACAUACAGCAGUGCACGAUGUGCUUGACUUCAUUAAAACAAGUGCACAUUAGAAAUAAAAUGGCCUCCACUGAAGAAAGUUUGAUCAUGCCGCCUUAAUUAUUGUUAUGUAACCACAAGCUCCCUUUUCCCUUUUCUUCGUCUUAGGCAUAAGCACACACACACACACACACACACACACACACACACACACACACACACACACACACACAGCAGACAGACAGACAGUUAACUAUAAGUAAUCAAGAUCAGUCACCCAUAUAAGCCAUUAUACCUAUCAGCUUUCUCAAUUGAUUUUGAGUGUGUGUGUGUGUGUGUGUGUGUGUGUGUGUGUGUGUGUGUGUUUUAUUGUAUUACUAGAGAAAACAAUACAAGGUUAAAAGGUGAAAGGCUCCAUGUUCUGCCCCCUGGUGGCACCUGAUCAUAGUGGACAGACUGAGAGAAAAAGCUUUAUGUCAGCUGAAGAUAACUGGUACAAAAAUCAGUAUUAAUUUAGAUUCUGGCCAA